AUGGCUCGUGGUCCCAAGAAGCACAUGAAGCGUUUAGCAGCUCCUAAGCACUGGAUGCUUGACAAACUUUUGGGUGCUUAUGCUCCCAAGCCUUCUUCUGGUCCCCACAAGCAACGUGAGUGUCUUCCUUUGAUUGUCUUCAUCCGUAACCGUCUCAAGUACGCUCUUAACGGUCGUGAGGUCCAAUCCAUCUUGAUGCAACGUUUGGUCAAGGUUGAUGGUAAGGUCCGUACCGACUCUACCUUCCCUGCUGGUUUCAUGGAUGUUAUUUCCAUUGAAAAGACUGGUGAGAACUUCCGUCUCGUCUAUGACGUUAAAGGUCGCUUUGCUGUUCACCGUAUCACUGAUGAGGAGGCCAAGUACAAGCUCUGUAAGGUCAAGAAGGUCCUCGUUGGUUCCAAGGGUGUCCCAUACAUCACUACCCACGAUGGUCGUUCUAUCCGUUACCCUGAUCCUUUGAUCAAGGCUAACGAUACCAUCCGUUUCAACCUCGAGACCAACAAGAUUGAGGAAUUCGUCAAGUUCGAAGUCGGUAACGUUGUCAUGGUUACUGGUGGUCGUAAUAUUGGUCGUGUUGGUCAACUCGUCCACCGUGAGCGUCACAUUGGUGGUUUCGAAAUUGUUCAUGUCAAGGAUUCGCUUGACCGUGUCUUCGCUACCCGUAUUUCCAACGUUUUCACCAUCGGUCAAGGCUCCAAGCCCAUGAUCUCUCUUCCUAAGGGUAAGGGUGUCAAGCUCUCCAUCACCGAAGAGCGCGAUCGUCGUAGAGCUGCUGCUGCUGCCAACUAA